CCAUGGGGAGGCCAGGCAGCCCCCCGCAGGCCGAGACCCGCUGCCCGCUGUGGGGGCUGCCGGAGGAACUGCUGCUGCUCAUCUGCUCGUACCUGGACGCGCGGGCCUUGGGCCGCCUGGGCCAGACCUGCCGCCGCCUUGGCCGCUUCACCUCCCGCGACGUGCUCUGGAGGCGCCUCGCCCGCUCCUGCCUCAACGCUGGCUUCAGCGCGCUCGGCGCCGACCUAGUGCAAUGUGUCCCGGUGAAGGAGAGAGUAAAAGUUUCUCAGAACUGGAGACAUGGGCGCUGUCAGAGGAGCCUGCCCCUCAAAUGGAAGCGCAAUUUAAUGCCCUGGAUGCAGCUAGAUAGCGAGUAUCUUUACCUGUCCCAGGCAGAAGAUAUUCAGGCUUAUUGGCUUCGUCCCAGUCGCACUGGCUUGCAACGCUGUCCUCAGGCAGUCUUCUCUGGGCACCAGGAGGACGUGUGCCGCUUUGUGCUUGCUAAUGGUCACAUUGUCAGCGGAGGAGGAGAUGGCAAUAUUGCCCUUCAUAAGCUGAACAGCUCCUUUAACUUCAAGUUCUUGGCACAUGAGCAGGAAGUGAACUGUGUGGACGCUCAAGGGGGCAUCAUUGUCAGUGGCUCCCGGGACAGAACAGCAAAGGUAUGGUCUCUAUCACCAGGCAGAGCUGGGAAAUGUUUGCACACCAUACAGACUGAAGAUCGGGUCUGGUCUAUUGCUAUUAGUCCAUUGUCAAGUUCAUUUGUGACGGGAACAGCUUGCUGUGGACAUACUUCACCUUUGAGAAUCUGGGACUUGGGGAGUGGACAGCUGGUCACAGGCCUUGGAACAGACUUCCACCGAGGGGCUGGAGUCUUGGAUAUUUUCUAUGAAACGCCUUUCACUUUACUUUCUUGUGGGUAUGAUACCUACAUCCGGUAUUGGGAUUUAAGGACAAGCACAAGGGAGUGUGUCAAACAAUGGGAAGAGCCUCACGAUAGUGCCCUGUACUGUAUAAGGAGCAACGGGAAUCACAUGAUUGCAAGUGGCUCUUCUUAUUAUGGUGUGGUCCGCCUUUGGGAUAAAAGGCAAAACAGGUGCUUACAGAGCGUUUCUUUGUCAUCACCAAUCAGCAGUCCUGUAUACUGCCUCUGCUUCAGCACCACCCACCUCUAUGCCACCCUGGCAUCUGCACUGCAUGUCCUUGAUUUUACCACCUGAAAUAGACAAGGACUGGCCUGGACUGCAGAACUGAUACCCAUCAUGAAGAGCACCAAGAAGGGAGAAUGUUUGUGAGACAAGAAGCCACCUGAAAGUCAUCCUAGGUGCUGAGGAGAACUCAUGUAGGAGUUCAUCUGCCUUUUGGAUUCAAU